UACUUCACUGCAGCUCUUUGUAGUGGCCCUUACUCUCAGCAAUCCCGGCUUUCCGCCUUAGAAUAUCUCAAGAUGCCUCGCGCAGAAGUCGGGACACCGAAGUACCUCGCCAAUAAGAUGAAGGCGAAGGGCCUUCAAAGGCUCAGGUGGUACUGUCAAGUGUGCGAGAAACAAUGCAGAGACGAGAACGGCUUCAAAUGCCAUGCGCAAUCCGAAUCACAUCUUCGUCAGAUGCUCGUGGUCGGCGAGAGCGCUGGGCGGCAUAUCGCCGAUUUCUCGGCCCAGUUCCAGCACGACUUCGUGCAGCUAUUGUCCAGGAGUUUCGGGACGAAGCGGGUCAAGGCGAACACUGUCUAUCAGCAGUUCAUCCAGGACAGAAACCAUUUGCACAUGAACGCCACGAGAUGGGUUACGUUAACGGAGUUUGUGAAGCACUUAGGGAGGUCGGGUAUAUGUCGGGUGGACGAGACGGAGAAGGGCUGGUUCAUAGAGUGGAUUGACAACAGUCCCAAAGCCCUUGCUAAACAGGAAGCUUCCAUGAAGAAGGAACGCAUGACUAUCUCAGAUGAGCAACGAGAAAGGAUGUUGCUGGAGGAACAGAUUGAGCGGGCCAAGGCUGAGCAAGCGGUCGCUGGUUCGUCUGGCUCUUCUCACUCUCCGUCACCGCCGGUUGAGGAGGGCCUCAAGCGCGAUGAAGGGGAGAAGCUCGUGUUGUCUUUCUCUGCCAAGAAACCCGCGGAAGCACCCGCAUCUACUGCUUCUCCUUCUGUGCCAUCGGGACUAAAGCUUAACCCACUCAAGCCGACGAAUCCCUUGAAGGCAGCUAACCCUCUCAAAGCAGCGUCGAAUCCUCUUAAGCGCCCGAACCCCCUAAGACAGACGGGGUCGUCGAAUGAUGCAGAGAAGGAGAAGAAUGCAAAACAAAAGAGGGAGCUGACUGCCGCCGAGAAGCUGAUGAUGGAGGAUCAGGAGCGGAAGCGAAGACGGAUGGAGAGGGGGAGUCGGACGGACGCCGUCACCGCAUGAACGUGUCAUGGACUGCACGGGCUACGUAACAGCGCAUUUCUUUACGCGUAGAAAAGCGUACACGUCUCUCCAGUUGAUCCAGAUGGCGUGGUCCUACACAGUGAAGCACGCCGCCCCUCAUCGGAACCUGCAACGCCCUCAGAUUAUUACCGUACGGGUCUUACAUCGGGUGAGCUCGUAGGUGUCAG